AAAGCUUUAUGGGUAGGAUACCAACGUCCUUGUCCUUCCGAGCGCACACCGACUGACUGCCUUCACGCUUUCAGGAUCCCUGUCAUUCCCUUCAACUUUAAAUUUUUUUAAAAAGACAGAUUUUCGGACAAGAUGGCUGCCAGGUUCCUCCGCCGCUCCCUCCCCGUGCUGAGGCAGGCUCGCUCCUACGCCGAGGCCGUCUCCGGCGCCCCGCAGAUGUCCUUCACUUUCGCCUCCCCGACGCAGGUGUUUUUCAACGCGGCCAGCGUGAAACAGGUAGACGUGCCCACGCUCACUGGCGCGUUCGGUAUCCUCCCGGCCCACGUGCCCACCCUGCAGGUGCUCAGGCCCGGUGUCGUGACGGUCUUCGGCGACGACGGCUCCGCUGCCAAAUUCUUUGUGAGCAGUGGGUCAGUAACAGUCAACGCUGAUUCUUCGGUGCAACUGCUAGUUGAGGAGGCUGCAUCUUUGGACCAGCUGGACAUUGCUGCUGCCAAGGCCAACCUGGAGAAGGCCCAGUCCGAAAUGGCCGGCGCGUCUGACGAGGCGGCGAGGGCGGCAAUUCAGAUCAGCAUAGAGGCCAACGAGGCCCUCGUCAAGGCCCUGGAGUAGUAAACCCGCGGUACGACGACUCGGCUCGCUGAGACCCAACGGCAUCAUGACGCAUGCGCUCACGGUUGUUAAUGGAGUUGAAAAUGGAAAUAUUGACAAUAAAUUAUACUUCGUUUUCGUUGUGUUAAGUAGCUCAAACUGAGUCGCUGUGUUUCUUUCCUCCCCCUCCUCCCCCGAACCCCUCCUCUAGGUUAUCUUUAUUGUUUCUUUGAUGGGAAAUUAAUGGUCCAUCUGUGUUUCCAGCUCAGUCACAUCAGUGUCCAGAAGAUUCCAUUCUUGCUUUGUACAGUGGAUGAAUUACAAAAUAAAUUUAUUUGGAAA